AUGCAACGAUCAAGAAAAUCCGCAAUAGCCUUUGCUUCUUACAUACUGAUCGCUGCAAUCUCAUAUUGUGGUGUAGUUGCAAUCAACACGUAUGUUAGCACUCUGACGCAUGCCACGAUUUUCUAUUCUCUCCUUCUCUUGAACGGAUACACAGCAGCAACCAUUACAUAUCGUCUUUUUCUCAGCCCCUAUGCGGCCUUUCCUGGCCCAAAACUAGCAGGAGCCACUUAUUGGUACACAUUCUAUUAUGAUGCCAUCAAAGGAGGACAGUACAUGUACCAAAUAGAGAAACUACACAUGAAAUAUGGCCCGGUUCUUCGAAUCAGUCCCAAUGAGCUUCAUAUCAUCGAUGCCGAUUUCUACGAUGUUUUGUUCUCUCAGUCCCGACGAAACAAAGCGCCGACAUGGUCUCAGGCAUUCGGCAACCCAGACUCUAUCUUCGGAACCAUUGACCACCACCAGCACCGAAUUCGACGAGCACCACUGAACCCCUAUUUCUCAAAAGGUUCAAUAAGGACACUAGAGCCUUUAAUCCGCGAAGAUAUAUCUCGCUUAGUCUCAGUCUUUCGCGACUACCAAAAGACGAAGGAGCCGGUGCCGCUGAAAGCCGCCUUCGCUGCUCUCACGAGCGAUAUUGUUACUCAAUUUUGUUUCAUGAUGCAAAGCGACUAUAUCGAAGCUGACGGAUUCAACGUCAUGGUGCUGAAAGCAGGUGAAGGCGCGACUGAUGCGCUUCAUGUUGUGUUGCAAUUUCCGUGGCUUGUUUCAUUACUCAAGCUCUUGCCAGAUAGCAUGAUGGCGAGAAUGCUUGGUCCAGGAAUUGGCCUGCUACAGGACUUUCAACGUCAUUUAGAACAACAAAUCAGAGACAUCCUCGGAAGUCGCGAUGAUUAUCGAGUCGACGUCAAGCACAAAACAAUCUUCCACGACAUUUUAAAUAGUAAUCUACCAGAGCAGGACAAAAGCGCGAAGCGUCUUUCGGAGGAAGCGCAAACAAUAGUCUCAGCCGGUACUGUCACGACGGCGACAUCGCUUUCAGGUGCUUUUGUUUAUCUGCUUCUGGAUCCGCCGAGAUUGCACACCUUGAUGCAGGAAUUGGAAAAGGCAUUUCCGGAAAUUUCUAAACCACCUACACAUGCUCAACUUGAGAACUUGCCGUAUCUGACAGCUGUGAUCCAAGAGACACUUCGCCUGGGUUCCGGUGUUUCGUUUCGCUUAACACGAACAGCUCCAGAUAAGACUCUACAAUGCGGAGACUACGUAAUCCCACCAAAUAUCAACAUGAGCACUCACGCACCCCUCAUCCACAACAACCCUUCACUUUUUCCCUCCCCAUCGACUUUCAACCCAGAACGCUGGCUACCCGGUGGAUCAGCAAACCCGAAAUACCUCAUUCCGUAUUCUCGCGGUUCUAGACAGUGUUUGGGCAUGCACCUGGCAAGCGCAGAGCUUUACAUGACAAUCGCGACUAUCUUGCGCACAUUUGUGCGAACCGAGGUAGGAGAUGACGGUGCGAUUAUCGUUAAAGGCAUGAGUCUUUGGGAAACUGAUAGGAGGGAUGUUGACAUGAUUGCGGAUAUUGGUCUGCCAAGAUGUGAAAGAGGGAGAGGAAAUGUCAGGGUUCUGUUAGGAUGA